UUGUUCUUCUCAAGUUCUCUCUCACACUGCACAAAAUUCAUCUCUUUUUUCUCAAAUUCUCAAAAGGAAUCGAUUUUAUAUUUACAAAGUUCUGUGUAAGGCUUGGUUGAAGUGUGCCGAAGCCCUGAAGUUAAGUACAACACGAAGUGGAGGACGCAUUGUUUAGCUGGCGCCUUAGAAUGCCAAGCGUUAAGGUUCACUGAUCGGUUUGGCAGUUGCUAUUAAAUCCACACACACAAAAAAAAACAAUGCCGAGCAAUCCAAAAGUUGCGAAAGCAUUUCGUGCUAUGAAAAAUAUUGGAAUCUCCCAAGAAAAGGUGAAGCCAGUCUUAAAGAACCUUCUUAAAUUGUACGACAAGAACUGGGAGCUUAUUGAAGAAGAGAAUUACAGAGCACUUGCAGAUGCUAUAUUCGAGAAAGAGGAGGCAACAGAAAGUAAGAAGCCUGAGAAUACUGAACAAGAGGAGGUUUUGGAGGAAGAAGCAGCGGAUGAGGAGCCUGAAAGACCCUUAAAGAGAUUGCGAUCAAGACACCAAGAAGUUCAUUCUAGUUCUAUUUCAGCUGGGACUUCAUUCAAGAAAGUGGAGGAGCAAGCUGAACUACCUGGAACUAAUCCUCAGGGUUGCUCACAAGGCCCUCAGCUGAAUAAUAGAAAUGCAGCAGCUGAGUCCCAGUCUGUCCCAUGUCUGACAUAUGUUAGAAACAAAGGAAAACAACCUGUCUCACCUAAUAGUGCUGACAGAUUGGAAAAUAAUGCUAAUUCUCGGAAGAAUCGUCUCAAGGGGAAGGAAACUCAACCACCUCAAAUCAUAUCCAAGGAGAAAGGUUUAGUCCUUGGGAAAGCUUCUCAUGCUUCAAUCCUCAAAAAGCCGAAGACUGAACCUGACAUUGAAAUGUUGGGUACUCAUGAUAUCAUCAAGCCUAAGGAUGAACCAUAUACUGUUGCUAUGCCACAGUUUGAGGUUCCUCUUGCUGUUAUUCACCCUGAGCCAUCAAAUGACAAAGGUUCUUCAAAUGGUAAUGCCUCAAGAAAGCAGCCAGACACUUCUGAAACCUCAGCAGCAAAACUGAGAGGCGGAAGAAAAGCAGAUAAGGACAUUCCAACUUCUUCAAAUGGACUGGUAACAAGUCAUGAACUAGUAAAACCUCAGAAUGUGUGUUAUUCGAACAUAGAUAUUGCCUCCUCAACUUUUGGAGAGGUUAAAGUCUCUAUAAAUUGUGACGCGGCUCUUGGUAGAUCAGACUUCCAUUUGCCUAGUCUAGAGGCUGUUGUGAAGUUGGUGGAGGAUAAAUGUCUAAAACCAUUCAAAGCCCUGGACCCUAACUUUUCUAUGCCGAAGCUGAUGAAAGACAUGUGUGAGUGCUUUUUGGAACUGGGAACUCAGUACAAUCAUGAAUUGCAAGAGACUGCAAAGGUGGAUGCAGAAAAUGAUAUUGGUUAUAGAAGCAUGGCCCCAGUUUCUCCAAAUGGAUCUAUAAAUUUAGAACUUGAUUCUGGGGAGGAUCAACCAGAGAAAUCACAGCUACCUCUUCCUUGUAAUGGUCACACCAAUAAUACCCAAACUGAUCAAACAACAUCAGCAGGGAAUUGUGGUAGUGUUCCAGAGAUUGAUCAGAAUAUUCUUGAACAUCUUAUGUCUGAGAGUCCAGUGGCUCUGUGCGGAUCUAAAAAUUUAGAACUUGAUGCAGGGGAGGCUCAACCCGAGAAACCACAGCUCCCUCCUUGUAAUAGUCACAACAACAGUGCCUCAACUGAUCAAAUAGCAUCUGUGGAGAACUGUGGUAGUGCUCCAGAGAUUGAUCAGAAUAUUCUUGAACAUGUUACUUCUCAAAGUCCAGGACCUCUGUGUGAAUCAACUCAAGAUGAAACAGGUUCGUGUGUUGUUACAGAUAUAACCAGGGGGCAAGAGGAGGUUAUGAUUUCAUUGGUGAAUGAAGUUAAUGAAAAAAUUCCUCCAUCCUUUAACUACAUAGCUCAUAAUGUGGUUUUCCAGAAUGCAUAUCUGAACUUCUCUCUGGCUCGUAUUGGAGAUGACAACAGUUGUUCAACUUGCUCCGGUGAUUGUUUGUCACUGUCCACACCUUGUGCAUGCGCAUAUGAAACUGGUGGUGAUUUUGCAUAUACAAAAGAAGGUCUUGUUAAAGAGGAGCUUCUUAAAGAGAGUAUUUCUAUGAAUCGUGAUCCCAAGAAACACUGCCAAUUCUUUUGCAAAGAAUGCCCAUUGGAAAGAUCGAAAAAUGAGGAUAUUAUCGAACCUUGUAAAGGUCAUCUAGUGAGGAACUUCAUCAAAGAGUGUUGGUGGAAAUGUCGCUGUGAUAAACAGUGUGGGAACCGUGUGGUACAGCGAGGUAUUAGCCGGAAGUUACAGGUGUUUAUGACUCCUGAUGGGAAAGGGUGGGGAUUGCGUACCCUUGAGGAUCUUCCAAGAGGUGCUUUUAUUUGCGAGUAUGUUGGGGAAGUUCUUACCAACGCGGAACUCUUUGAUCGCGUUUCACAGAGCCCCAAUAGAGAGGAACAUUCUUAUCCCGUGCUGCUUGAUGCUGACUGGGGUUCAGAGGGUGUCUUAAAGGAUGAAGAUGCGCUUUGUUUGGAUGCAACAUUUUUUGGGAAUGUAGCCAGGUUUAUCAAUCACAGAUGUUUUGAUUCAAAUAUGGUUGAAAUACCAGUUGAAAUAGAGACUCCAGAUCACCACUACUAUCAUCUUGCUUUUUUCACUACAAGAAAGGUUAAAGCAUUGGAAGAGCUCACUUGGGAUUAUGGUAUUGAUUUCGAUGACCACGAACAUCCAGUGAAAGCAUUUAAAUGCCAGUGUGGUAGCAAGUCCUGCCGAAAUAUGAAACGUCCAAGAAGAACCAGAGCAAGGAGAGGAUGGUAAUUAUUUCCAAACAACUUGUGGCUGAUUUCUGGCCUUGGGUGAUCAAGAAAGGUGCUAUGACUGGAAGUUUGAAGACUCUGAUUAUCUAGAAUUUUUGUAGGGUUCUGGUGAACUUGUGUACACUGCAGAAGGGCCCACAUAGUUGUAUUUGCAGAUCCUAUGGCGAAUAUAAGCUUUAGAUUUGUUCCCUUGUUGUAUAUAAGAAUCUUUUGGUA